AUGGGAGAGGCUGAAGAAAUUGACCUUGUGGAGGCACAAAAGAAACCUACUUUGGAUGAUGUUGAACCUGUUAUGCCAAUUGGGCCAAUGACUUUGCCUAGAACUGAAUUGGGGCGUAUUAUUUAUGGUGGAGCUUUGAGACCUGGCGAAGGUGAUGCUACUGCUUUGUAUGCGAUUGAGAAACUUCAGAGUCUUGGGUAUGUGAUGAGUGCUAGUAGGAAUGUGAGGAUGGAUGCCAUUCGUGUUAGGAAAGAAAACCAGGUUUUUUCCAGUGCUGAGGAUAAGUGGGCACUAACCAUGUUUAACGAUGACGAGAAGGUGAAACUUCAGAUGUUUCGAGAGGCUAGUUCUUUGACAUCUUACAUGCGAAAUCCAACCACACCCCAACUUUCUCCAGGAAUGUACAAGAGAUGUGGAGAUCUAGGGAUGAUGAUAGCAUAUGCUAAAAGGAACCGCAUUAGUAUUCAAAGGAAGAAAAUUGGUGAAGAGUCUGACCGACAGAGGCCCACAAUGAGAGGAGAUAUGGAUGCAGACCACAUGCAAAUUUUCUGUGCGAGCAUUACUGUUGCAUUCAUCUUCUGGCAAUGGUUUUUGGUCAGAACCAAUCACUUUAAUCUCUGUCAGCUUAAAUGGGAGUAA